AGUGCUUCGUACAAAAGGUCAUCAGCUUGGCGCUCUUCUCAAGAAAGAUGCGUCUCAGACUCAUGCUACAUUGAGUAAGACAGGCACAGAGUAACUAUCUGUUUUCAUCAACGCAAGUACAGUAUCGCCAAGCUACCAGCAUGCAUUUACCUUCACCACUCGCCCAACCUCCUCGAGCAUCCUGAGGCAGUUCUAGUCACGAUGCAACAAACAGACCCGAAACUCCGAAAUGACCCACGAAGUAUGCAUACACAUAUGCAUACCCAACCUUAUUCGGCGCCUCAAGAAUAGACUCUAAAGAGUCCCGUCGCAAGCACAAGCACUGUUCUUCUCUCAUUGAAUGUACACGGCUGACCGAGCAGUCGCAACCACGGUCCUCUGAUGGUCGGAACCAUGGGAUCCGUGAUCGUUGUUGGACUCGUCGCGUAUAGAACGGCAAAUCAGCACCUAGCAACCACCGCACUUUAGGAAGGCGAAACUGUAAACCGACGUUCAAGCUUAAUGCGUUCUGUGGGAAACGACCAACUAACAUGGUGUCAAAAUAGGCAGCUCGUCACCAAGGACGCAUCUGUCGCUCGAGAUGUGACGAGCGCGAGAGGGAAAGGACGGGAUGUAUAGGUCCUCACAUUGUGAGAAUCAACGUUUGACGACGAUGGCCACUUCUUCGUUAUUUAAGCCGGAGUUCGCUCCCCCCGUCGUUGCGCCACAGGUGCUUGCUUGCUCUCUAUCUCCGUACCCGAAACGAGCUGUUGCUCCCGACUCGGCGCUGCCCAUCUUAUCGACGCGGACCAAAGCACCGGGAACGCCCUUCUACUUGGCGGCCACAGGGCUGAAAGCUACCACUGCUCUACAUCGAUGCGCAACCACAUCCUUCUUCUCCUCGGUGGCCUGGUGGCCGGUGGGCUGAGUGCGCCGGCCGUCUCGCACGGCGGCGGUGCCCAUGUCCUGCACCAGAAGCGCAGCGACGAGACGCAUCACGACGUAUGGGUCAAGCGGGAACCCGCGGACCCUGCCACCAGGGUUCCGGUCCGCAUCGCCCUGAAGCAACGCAACUUGGAGCGAGGCAUGGACCUCGUCUUGGAAGUGUCUGACCCGACUCACGGAUCCGGCAAGUACGGCCAGUGGUACAGCCGCGAGCAAAUCAUCGACCUCUUCGCCCCGUCGGACGAAUCCAUCGUCAAGGUCAGGGAGUGGCUCAUCCUAUCGGGCGUCGCCGCGGAAACCAUCGUCGUGCCUGAGACUAAGGGUUGGGUUCAUUUCGACGCGACAGUCGGCCAGCUUGAGUCACUCGUCAAGGCCGACUACCAUUUAUACAAGCACAUACUGGUCCGCGAUGAGGGCGAUGACGCUGAUCACCACCUCGGCACCGACGAAUACCACCUACCGGAGGAUGUCGCCGCCCACGUCGACUUCAUCGUGCCCGGAACUGCCUUUGCGCGGCUCGCCCCGGGCCCGGGAAAGAGCCUGCGCCGGCGGAAGAGCAGCAUGAACGGCAGUGGUGGCAGGCCGCCGUCCCGUCCUCUGCCGCCGGAACUGGAGUCUACUAAUCCCGGCGACUGUGGGCGCGUGGUCACCCCCGAUUGUCUCCGGGCUAUGUAUAACAUCCCCAUGGGUAAGCAUGCGAACCCGAGCAAUAGGCUCGGCAUCUUUGAGCUCGAGGGUGAGUUCUACGUGCAGUCCGACAUGGACCGAUACGUGAAGAGGUUCGCGCCGUACGUGCCGCAGAAUUUUACGCCGGUGGUUUACGAAAUCGACGGCACUCCCGGGGUGUCGACGGACAUUAACAAGGCCGGCGGCGAAUGCAUGCUGGAUUUUGAAAUGGCCGUCCCUCUCAUCUAUCCGCAAAGCACGGUCAUGUAUAUGGUCCCCGGCUCGGGCGGCAACAGGACAGGCAUCUGGAACCCCUUUCUCGAUGCCAUGGACAGUAGCUACUGCAACCGCACGUCACACGGCUACACCGGAGACACGCCAAAAAUCGACGGCAGCCGCUCUCGGCAGGACUGCGGGACCGUAGCACCGACAAAUGUUAUUUCCAUCUCGUACGGCCUUACCGAGCCUUGGUAUCCAGCGAGGUACCUAGAGAGGCAGUGUGACGAGUGGAUGAAGCUGGCUCUAGCCGGCACUACCAUUCUCCUCGCUAGUGGUGACGCGGGUGUAGCGGACCCUGGGCUCGAGUGCAUGGGCCCAAACCAUACAAUUUUCAUGCCAGACGCGACAUGCGACUGCCCCUACAUUACGGGCGUCGGCGGCACUGUCCUACAGGAACAUAAGCGGCCGGGAGAUAGGGAGGUGGCGACCGAGAGAUUCUCCUCGGGCGGCGGCUUUAGCAACAUCUACAAGACCCCAAGCUAUCAGCGCCAGGCCGUGCAGGACUAUCUCGCCAGGUACCCGCCGGCUUUCCCCUCGUAUAGCACCAGUCGCGGCCAGAUCCCCAAGAAUGGAGGGGUCUAUAAUCGUAACGGCCGCGCGUACCCGGACCUAUCCGCGACCGGGGACAACGGCGUGGUCGCGGUGGGUGGAGGAUUUUUCCUCGGGGCCGGAACCUCCAUGUCGGCGCCCAUCGUCGCGGCCAUCUUCAACCUCAUAAACGAGGAGCGGCUCGCCGCCGGCAAGUCGCCAAUCGGCUUCGUCAACCCGGUCCUGUACCAGCACCCCGAAAUGUUCAACGAUGUCCUCGUGGGGUCGCAGCCGCUCGGCGGGCCCUCCAACACGGGGUGCGGCAACAACGGCGGGUUUCACUGUCAGAAGGGCUGGGAUCCCGUCACGGGCAUGGGCACACCCAAUUACAAGAAGAUGCUUGAGGUCUUUAUGUCGAUCUGAGGGGACGGGAGGGUUCGUCCAGAUUGUGUGUGUGUGUGUGUGUGUGUGUGUGUCUGAGCCGACCCGGCGACGAGGGCGGUCAAGGCCGAAGGAGGAUGAGAGAAGAGCUUGAAUGGGAUGGACAAGUGUGGUCGGAGAAGGUGGCUUUUUGCCGUUGACCAGAACAUGGACCUGAAGAAGGAUGAUGCGUC